AUGGAAGCAAAAGAGAAACUGAAAGAGGAGGCUGGCAAGUCCUUAGAUUCUCAGUUAUGGCAUGCCUGCGCCGGUGGCAUGGUCCAAAUGCCGGCAGUGAAUUCUAAGGUCUUCUACUUCCCUCAAGGUCAUGCCGAGCAUGCAGUCUUGGCUGUCAAAUUCAUGGCUGAUCCUGAAACUGACGAGGUCUUUGCUAAAAUCAGGUUGGUUCCAAUUAAUUCUAAUGAACUCGAUUUGGAUGACCAAGAAGUUGCAGUUAAUGGUGGAGGGGAAGCCGCACAAGACAAUAAUAAGCCAGUUUCUUUUGCCAAGACACUGACUUAA